AUGGUUCUGUCCAUAGAUGUUGCCUACCUUGUAAACACAAAUCAAAUCAGCGAGGAAGAUGCCACCUUUAUCUUGUCCAAAGUGCCACUCGCGACGGAUCCAUCCGCGUCCACCUUGCAACCUUCCUUUCAAGCGCUCUCCAUCUCUGAAGCAUCCUCCAACACGCCGCCCACCAACGGCAUCAGAUACAGUCCCGAACGAAUCCAGAUCCCCGUCGAGAACGUCCGUGAUGGACGACGACCGGUCCCUAAACCCCCCGUGGUAAACACGUUCCAAGCUCGUGCACUGUGGGACUACAAUCUCGAUAAUGAACAUCCAGAGGAUUUGUCGUUUUGGCACGACGACGUGAUCGAAGUUGAUGAGCGCUCGACCGAAAAGAAUGCAGACUGGUGGACCGGCACCGUCCGCGGUCGCUCAGGUCUGUUCCCGAGCACCUAUGUCGAACGCAUCACACACAUGGUUCCACCGACUCCACCCCCCAUGAUUAUCAAGGGUUCCCGUCCGAGUUCUGAAGUCUCCGCACCGACGUACACACCCUACCGCUCCACACACGCCGCGCUCAAUGCAUCAACUGGUCUUGGUGGGACGAGUGGAGGGCCGAAUGCGAUUGGACUCCAACCUGCGCAACACGACCCAGCAAAGCGGGCCAGAUACGAACAUCUCAAGACGACGGUGCGUAUUCCAACUGGUCCUCCCGGACCUUGA